AACAUCAUGGAAUCGUGUGGAAUGAAUGUUAUCAAAUACAUCCUUUUUAUCUUCAACUUAAUUUUCGCGAUAUCUGGUUUAGGUAUUAUUGUGGCUGGUGCAUGGGUAUUAGCAGAUGUCGGUGAAUUCGAUCAUUUCAUGGAAAGUAGAAUAAUGGCACCACCUAUAGUGCUUAUAGUAGCGGGAUUUAUUGUUUUCGCCAUAGCUUUUCUAGGAUGUUACGGAGCAAUAAAGGAGCAUUACAACAUGUUGAUUGCGUUUGCGGUCGCAUUGUUAAUAAUCUUCAUAAUUGAGCUCGCGGUGGGCAUAGCUGCAGCAGUGUUUAAAAACGAUUUUAGCAUGGCGAUGAAGAAUACCCUAAAGGAAUCGAUAAAAAACUAUACGGAGACUGACAGGCAAGCCUGGGAUAACAUACAGAAAAAGCUGCAAUGUUGCGGUGCGGAUGGUCCUAGAGAUUGGAUUGAUAAUCCAGCAGGAAUCCCGUCAUCAUGUUGCAAUGAGACAAUGUUGGUCUGUCAAAUCGCGACAGCAAAUACAGAAGGAUGCUUUAGAAAGUUGGAAAUGCGAGUUCAAAAUAGUGCGACAGUCUUAAUUGGUGUGGGCAUUGGAAUAGCUUUUGUGGAGAUUGCCGGUAUUGUUCUUGCUUGUUGCCUCGCAGCGGCUAUAAAAAAAGAAAACGAUAAAUGA